AUGCCCCGCUACCAACGUUACCUCCUGCGCCAGCUCGUGGGUCCGUUCUUGCUCGUCACGCUGAGCCUCACGGCGGUCGUUUGGCUGUCGCAAUCGCUGCGCAUCAUCGAUUUGAUCGUCAACAAGGGCUUGUCGCUCAGUGUCUUCCUGCUGAUGAGCAUGCUGGUGCUGCCGACGUUCCUGGGCGCGAUAUUGCCGAUCGCCUUCUUCUGCGCGCUGCUUUUCGUCUACAACAGGCUCACAAUCGACAGCGAACUGGUCAGCCUGCGCGCGGCGGGCGUCAGCCAGUGGUCGCUGGCGAAGCCGGCGCUGGCGAUGGCCACGAUCAUCGUCGUCGUCUCGUACGCGAUAGGCAUGUACGUCAUGCCCGUCAGCCACCGGGAGUUUAAGGAGCGGCAGUUCGUCCUGCGCACCGAGCAUUCAGCGCUUCUCCUGGAGGAAGGCUCGUUCAACACGUUGACCGAGGGCGUCACGGUCUACAUUCGAGGGCGCGAGGGCGGCUCGCUCAACGGCAUCCUCGUGCAUGACGCCCGCGAGAAGGAAAGGCCGGUCACGAUGAUGGCCGAGCGCGGCCUGCUGGUUCAGACCGAUGAGGGCCCACGCUUCAUCCUUUUCAACGGCCACCGACAACGGAUCGAUCGCGACUCGGCGCGGCUCUCGCUACUUAAUUUCGAGCGCUACACGAUGGAUCUGGGCGAAUUUGCCCAACGCGAGGGCGCCCGCUGGCGCGAGCCGCGCGAACGCUUCGUCGACGAGCUGCUCGACCCCGACAGCGAGGGUGCGGAGCGGAUGCGCAGCAAGUUCCUCUCCGAAGCGCACAAUCGCAUCGUCUCACCACUGUUCGCCUAUACGUUUGCCGCGAUCGGCCUGGCGGCGCUGCUCCUGGGCAACGUCGACCGGCGCGGACAAUGGCGCAGAAUCCUCGUCGCGAUCGUAGCCGCGGUCGCGUUCGAGGCCUUGGCGCUCUUCCUGGUCAACGCGACGGCCAAGAGCAGCAACCUCAUUCCGCUCAUGUAUCUCAACCCGGUCCUCGCGACGGCCGCGGCGAUCGCCGUGCUGCGUGGCCGCUUGCCGCGCUUUCUCGGCGGCCGCACCGCGGCGCCAGAGCCGGGCACGCACGGGUAG